GAACAAGUACAGCCAAGCUAGCUAUAACAAUUAUUUUAAGGCCUGUCAUAUCAUAUUCCUUUGGUCAGUGCCAUCGUCGAAUAGCUAGCUAGCUAUAGCUAGGCUCAGUCCUGAUACUUUCCGGUCACCAUGCCGAAAAUCGCUUUAGGAACGAGCCGAGAGGCUGCUCAGCCUGACUGCAUUAAGGCCCUUGUGGUCGAGUUUAUCACCACUUUCCUCUUCGUCUUCGCUGGAGUUGGAGCUUCCAUGGCCGCUAGUGAGCCGGGGGCAAAUACACUGGUGGGCUUGUUUGCGGUGGCGGUGGCUCACGCCCUUGUGGUAGGCGUUAUGAUUUCGGCUGGACACAUAUCUGGAGGCCAUCUUAACCCAGCAGUCACGCUUGGCUUGCUCUUCGGUGGUCACAUCACCUUGGUCCGAUCUAUCCUUUACUGGAUCGAUCAGUUGUUGGCAUCUUCAGCUGCUUGUAUUCUUCUCAAGUAUCUUACCGGAGGAUUGAGUACUCCGGUUCACACAUUGGCAAGUGGAGUAGGCUUCCUUCAAGGUGUUAUAUGGGAGAUUGUUCUGACAUUCUCCUUGUUAUUCACAGUCUAUGCCACUAUUGUAGACCCCAAGAAAGGUUCCAUCGAUGGGCUAGGCCCUAUGCUUACUGGGUUUGUUGUUGGGGCCAACAUCUUAGCCGGAGGAGCUUUUUCAGGGGCUUCAAUGAACCCAGCUCGAUCAUUUGGACCUGCUUUGGUGAGCUGGGACUGGACAGAUCACUGGGUUUACUGGGUUGGACCCCUGAUCGGUGGUGGGCUUGCUGGGUACAUCUAUGAACACUUCUUCAUUGUUAGGACUCAUGCUCCCCUUUCUCACGAGGAAGAAGCUUUUUAAUUUCCUACACUAUUGUUUCUUUUCUCUAUCAAUGUAUCACGUUUCCAGUGUGUUUCCUUCCUCUAAUGAUAGCUUGAUGUAUUUUGAGUCUGUGUUUAGAUUAUCUUUUUGUGAAUUAAUCGAUAACUAAUAAA